AUGGGGCAUAUGGAGUGCAUACCGCCUGGAGAAAUCGAAAAGCCAGUUGAUAGCGUAUAUUAUCUGCCACAUCACUGCGUUUUCAAGGAAGAUUCUACUACCACAAAGCUACGUGUAGUUUUCGACGGAUCUGCAACAACAUCAACCGGACAAUCACUCAACGACACUUUGAUGGUUGGUCCCACGGUACAAGACGACCUCUACUCGAUAAUCAUGCGCUUCAGGUUCUACCCAAUUGCUUUGUCAGCAGAUAUCGCAAAAAUGUACCGACAAGUUGCUCUAGAGGACAAAUCGAAGGAUUUCCAUCGCAUACUUUAG